UGGCAAUUUUACGACGUCGUGUUCCGUUUCAGUUUACGGCAACAUGGCAGCCUGCUGGCUUGAGCUGUGAUUCAGUCGGUUCUGACCGUCGGGUUCUGAAACUCCAUCAUGAAAACGGGGGCGGACAGCACGAGACCAGCAGGUCGGUAACGGAGGGCUCGUCAAGAUGAUGAUGACGUGUUUCCGAAGAAUUUCCGCGCCUAUUUGCCGCAACGCAGCAAAUGUUCGCUGCCUGGUGUCCGCGCGGAGUGCUGGUGUGUGUUGGCUCGAGCCUCCGUCAUGGCCGCGCGGGCGCACACCUGUCACCGAGGGCGUCCGGCUGGGACAGUCAGCGGUUAACGGCUCGUGGCUGUUGAGACUCAAGGGGACAGACAGUCGUGUCGCGUGCUGGAGUGGGAUCCUCCAGCAGGUUAAAGCGACACCCUGGCACGCGCAAGGAACCGUGCUCCCCGGAUACCCAGGAGUUCACGACAAGUCGGUGGCCGGUUUCCGGUCUCUGCUGUGCCUCAGAGCUCGUGGGCUUUGCAGCGGAAAGACCAAGGAGACAACGGACAGCUCCCCGGCGGCAGACCGGAACGAAGCAAGUCCGGUACCGGGACACGGGCUUUUCAAGUUCAAAGAGCUGUAUGAGAACCCGUGGACGGUCCCCAACUUUUUGUGUGUGUGUCGGAUAGUGUUGGCUCCGUUUCUGGGUUAUAUGAUCAUCCAAAAGCACUUUGACCUCAGUCUCACUCUGUUUAUGCUGGCUGGAGCUACUGACCUGCUGGAUGGGUACAUCGCCAGGACGUGGCCCACUCAGAAGUCGGCUUUGGGCAGCGCUCUCGACCCACUGGCUGAUAAGAUUCUCAUCAGUAUUUUAUACGUCUGUCUCACUUAUGCAGAACUUAUACCAGCCCCACUGACAGCUCUGGUGAUUUUCAGAGACAUUGGUUUGAUAGCUGCUGUCUUCUGGGUCAGAUACAAGACUGUACCUCCACCGGUGACCCUGACCAAGUUUUUUAACCCCUGCUACACCACAGCACAACUGAAGCCCACACUUUUCAGCAAGGUGAACACGGCCAUCCAGCUCCUUCUGGUUGCAGCUUCUUUGGCUGCCCCAGUCUUCCAGUAUACAGACAGCGUCCUGCUGCAGUGCUUAUGGUAUGUAACAGCGGUGACCACAGCAGCAUCAGGCUAUAGCUACUGGCACUACGGCCGCAAGACUGUGAAGGUGCUAAAUGCCAGAUCACCAUGAAACACCAGAGAGCAGAAUAAAAUCGACGAACAUUCUCAGCAGAGACGCUGAUCAGCAGCAGCAAAAGUCGAACAGACAGAUGGAUGAUCACCAGGAGCUCUGAAACCAAGUAGCUGUGACAACCAUUUAUGAGUCGCCAUGGCAAUGACACACAGAAACCAACUGAGGCCACAGAUGGUUUAUUACGCCACUACAGAAACGCUGAACAGCAGCUCUGCCUCUGGACUGACUGUGGACCAGAGGCUCAUGCACACAGAUAGAAAUAGCAAACACAAAUAUAGACUUUCCGCCCACCCGCAAACACAGUCAUAUGCACUCAAACAUAUAUGUCAAGUAUGUGUUAAGUGUUCGGACGAGAGCUUCUAUUUUUUCUUAAUUUUUCAAUCAGGAAGUGGUAAUGUCAGCGUAGUCAUUGUCACAUGAUUGUCAGUUUUGUAAACCAAUGAUUUAUGAUUAAAAAAAGAAAACCUGC